AUGUGGGACAGAGGCGCGCCGACGGUGAUGGUGGAUGAUUUUCCCAUGGCGCGACGGGCGAUCCGAGACGUGAUGGGGCGAUUGCUGCGCGAGGCGAGCGCGGUGGCGGCGCUGCGGGACGGGCUCGAGGCGACGCACUUUUUGUGCGGCGUCGCCGAAGGCAAGGUGUUGGCGACGCUCGUGUACUCGACACCGAUCAACGUCGACGCGUGGACGCUCGCGGCGCGUCGUUUACUCGCGACGAAGUUCGACGACGUGUCGCUCGAACUCAUGGGACGAUGCAAGGGCGUCGUCGCGAAGACGGGGGAUGAUUUCGUGUGGGAAGAGUACGAGCUCGGCGACGGUUCGGUGUUGACUUACAAACACACCGAGGGCGCUUUUUCGAAUCCUAAUCGAACGAUCACGAUCGCCACGAUGGAGUUCUUGCGCGAUGCGGCGAAGAAGAAGUUCUCGAGGCGAAAGAUGCUACUAGAGCUGUAUUGCGGCAACGCGAAUCAUACGUGCGCGCUCGCGAAUUUGUACGAGCGCGUUGUCGCGGUUGAAGUAAACCCCGUUUUAGUCGAUGCCGCGCGAGAGAGUCUGGACAUGAACUCGGUGUCGAACGUCGAUAUAAUUUUGAGUCCGAGCGAGAGCGUCGCCAAAAGUUUGCUGCGCGGAAAGUUCAAAGACGCAGCCGGCGCUACGAUUCGCGUCGAAGACUUUGACGCCGUCCUCGUCGAUCCACCUCGAGCGGGUCUCGACGCCGACACGUUGGCGCUCGUGUCCCAGAUCGAUCACGUGCUGUACGUGUCGUGUGGACCUGAAAACUUGCUCGCCAACAUCAGGGAUGGACUGGACGCAACACACGCGGUCGACGAUUUCAUAGUAUUGGAUCAUUUCCCGUGGACGCGACACAUCGAAGUCGCCGUAUCCAUGCGCAAGCGUUAG